ACGCCCCGCCGCUGCGCGCAGGGUCAUCUUGUCUUGGAUCUGGCCCAGGCCCGGUCCACACUGGUGCUGCCCACGGGCCUUAUCGCUGCCGCUGGCACCAUGACAGUGACCCUGAGCAGCAGCCGGGAGCUCCCCUCCAGGCCCGAUGGGGUGCUGCGUGUGGCCCUGCCCACCGUGCUCACCCCACUGGCCCCGCCAGGCCCGCCAGGGCCCCCCAGGCCUCCGGGGCUCUGUGACGACAGCCCCACCAGCUGCUUCGGGGUGGGCAGCCCUCAGGAGGAAGGGCUGACCCAAGAGGAGCCGGCUGCCCCUCCAGACGUGUUCUCUGGCCCUGCCCGCUGCCCUGCCCCCUAUACGUUCUCCUUCGAAAUGCUGGUGACCGGGCCCUGCCUGCUGGCAGGCCUGGAGAGCCCCUCUCAUGCCUUGCGGGCAGAUGCCCCCCCUCACGCCAGCUCUGCGGCCACCAUCUGUGUCACGCUGGCUGAGGACCACCAAUGUGACCGGCCUUUGGAGAUCCUGCUGCACCCCAGUGAGCCACACCAGCCACAUUUGAUGCUGGAGGCCGGCAGCCUGAGCUCCGCAGAGUACGAAGCCCAGGUGAGGGCCCGCCGGGAUUUCCAGAGGCUGCGGCGACGGGACAGUGAUGGGGACCAGCAGGUGUGGUUCCUGCAGCGCCGCUUCCACAAGGACAUCCUGCUGAACCCCGUGCUGGUGCUGAGCUUCUGCCCCGACCUGAGCUCCAGCCCCGGACACCUGGGCACCACUACUCGGGAGCUGCUCUUCCUGCUGGAUGGCAGCAGCGCGGCACACAAGGAUGCCAUCGUGCUGGCCGUGAAGUCCCUCCCGUCUCAGACACUUGUCAACCUGACCGUGUUUGGGACAUCCACGCAGCCACUCUUCCCUGAGAGCCGGCCCUGCAGCGAUGACACUGUGCGGCUGAUCUGUGAGACCAUCGAGACCCUGCAGGCGGCUCGGGGUCCCCCGGAUGUGCUGGCCGCGCUGGACUGGGCCCUGGGGCAGCCCCAGCACAGGGCCCACCCUCGGCAGCUGUUCCUGCUCACCGCCGCCGCACCCGGGGCGGCCACCACCCACCAAGCCCUGGAGCUCAUGAGGUGGCACCGGGGGACAGCCAGGUGCUUCUGCUUCGGGCUGGGAGCUGCCUGCCGCCGGCUGCUCCGGGGGCUGGCGGUGCUCAGCAGGGGCAGAGCCCACUUCCUACGGCCCGGGGAGAGGCUGCAGCCCGUGCUGGUGCAGGCUCUGCGGAAGGCCCUGGAGCCCGCUCUCAGCGACAUCUCUGUGGACUGGUUCGUGCCUGAUGCCGUGGAGGCCCUGCUCACCCCGCGGGAGAUCCCAGCACUCUACCCUGGGGACCAGCUGCUCGGCUACUGUUCACUCUUCAGGGUGGAUGGCUUCCGGACCCGCCCUCUGGGGGGCCAAGAGCCUGGCUGGCAGAGUGUUGGUGGCUCGGUGUUCCCAUCCCCAGAGGAGGCGCCAUCUGUCACCAGCCCUGGCACUGAGCCCACUGGGACCUCAGAGCCACCGGGAACAGGCACUGUGUCUGCAGAGGUGUCCCGCCUAUGGGCUGCCGGGGACUCAGAGCGCAGUACGGAUGCUCUGACAGACCCAGUCACGGACCCGGGACCCAACCCCUCCUCCGAUACGGCCAUAUGGCGCCGCAUUUUCCAGUCCUCCUACAUCCGGGAGCAGUAUGUGCUCACCCACUGCUCUGCCAGCCCUGAGCCAGGCCCGGGUUCCACUGGGAGCAGCGAGUCCCCAGGCUCCCAGGGCCCGGGCUCCCCGGAGGGGACCUUUCCCCUAGAUCCCCCUUCUCAGCAGGGCUGCCGCAGCCUGGCCUGGGCGGAACCUGCAGGCUCCCGAUCCUGCCCGCUGCCUGUACCCCCACAAGCUUCAUUCAAGGCAGGAGCCCUGAGUGCUGAGGUGCUGGGCCGUCGGCACCGAGCAGCUCUGGCCGGCCGAAGUCUCUCAUCCCCCCCAGGCCGGGCAAACCCCGCGCCUGGCCGACCUCGGCACCCCUCUCUGGGCGCAGUGCCAGAUGGGACUGGCCCAGAGCCAGGCCAGCAGCUGGGUCAGGGCCUGGAUGACUCAGGAAACCUGCUUUCCCCCGUCCCCUUGGACUGGGACAUGCUGAUGGAGCCACCCUUCUUGUUCACGGCUGUGCCACCCUGUGAGGAAGCAGCCCCUCCGGCCGAGCCACUGCCCCCCCAGGCCCCCCGUUGCCAUGUAGUGAUCCAGGGCCUGUGUGGGGAGCAGCCUAUGUGCUGGGAGGUGGGUAUCGGGCUCGAGACCCUGUGGGGGCCCGGGGGUGGCUCCUGGCCUCCAUCGCCCCCUGGAAGAGAAGCUGCCUGGGACCAAGCACUGCACCGGCUGACUGCGGCCUCUGUGGUUCGGGACAACGAACAGCUGGCCCUCCGAGGAGGGGCUGAGACUGCAGCUGACCGCGGCCAGGCGCGGAGGUCCUUGCUCCGCGCCCUUCAGACGAGCAAGGUCAGCUCGGCCCCCUCCUGCUUCACCUGCCCGGUGGCUGUGGACGCCGCCACCAGGGAGGUCCUGCCCGAGGCCCUGCAGGUGCGGAGCUCAGAGCUGGCGGAGCCCCCAGGCGCGUCUUCCGCCUCUCCGGGCCGACCCGACGACGCCCUGCUGCCCACAGCCGGCGCCCCUGAAGGUAUCGCCCGAGCCGGGCAAGGGUAGGGCCGCGGCGGCGGAGCCCACCCGCCGGACUUCAGAGCGGCUCUCCGCAGGCGCCCUGGACCCGGCCCCCGAGGACGGCGCCCGGUCA